AUGGACCACAUAUAUUUUGGACGCAAUCGUGAACAAAGAGUGCAUGACUUGAUUAAGCAUGACAAACGAAAACAGGCGAGAGACGCCAUUCAGCAGAAGCUAAUAGACCUCGAGGUAUUUACAAAAGAGCUCAAAGAACUGGGUUUGGAGAAAGAAAAGCCUUUGGACAUGAGUUUAGAUCGAGAGCAGGUCAGAGAGUGCAGAGAUUCUGGUCAAAAGCUAGAGAAGCCCAAUCCGCAAACGACCCUGCACAACGGCUACUUUGAAACAAAAUAUGGCAGUUAUGGUCCAUCAAGCCAGGCAGCCAAGGGUUCCUUGUCCGCGCUUGGCGGUGGUCACUAA